AUAAUAAUAAUAAUAAUAAUAAUAAUAAUAAUAAUAAUAAUGAAAUAUCGGGAAAAUAAGAAGGGAAAAUUUUAUAAGUACUAGCUUACUUAAAAUAAUAUCUUAUAUUUUGAACAUGGCCAGAUUCAAUGUUAUGAAAGUAUGUUGAAAUGUGAUAAUAAUCGCUAAACUUUGAAUUUCAGUCAAUAUUCUAUCCAAAUUUAAUUGAAUAAAUCUUAAAUGAACUUUACGUGAUGUAAUGGCCAAUUGUAUUAUUAAAAUGGGAGAAUUUGACUUUUAUUUGCUUGAUUUCAUGAACCGAUUGAUGUUAGAUUACCACUGAAAACCUAGAAGCACAGGAUGGCCGUUUCGUCCUAUUGUAGGACACCUCAGUGACAAUGAUCAUCCACAAUCUCGAAACCGUAUACUGAUAAUUUGGUUUUUAACUAUUAAAGUUUAAAAUAAUUAAUUCAUAAAAUGUAUUUUUUUCUGUUUUCUUUAACUAUUUAUCUACCAUAAUGAUUAUCUACGGGGUUGAAUGAUCAUGUUUAACAUUAAAAAAAGAAUUUUUUAAUAUUUCAAUAUUGUUUAUCCAUUCUGGCAUUGGCUUAUCUACAAUCAUUAAUAUUCUAUUAUGAUCGUAAAGAGAAUUUACGUCAUAAACAAGAAAUUCUAUUUAUGAAUCAAAUGAAUGAAGCUAGACGAAGAUGGCCAAAUCAUCAAAGUUCACCAGAAGAAACUGAAAGUAAUCUUAUAAAUAAUCAUAAUACUACUACUCAUACUACUACUACUAAUAAUAAUAAUAUAAAUAAGUAUGGAGAAAAUCAAUGGAAUUUACAGUUACAAAAAAGUGAAGAUAAAUUACGUUUGGUUACAUUUAUUCAUGAUACACGUGAAUUAUCUACUGAUAGUCAUAGUGAUUCAACAACAAUUCAUAUGGAUUCUACAAAUAUGAAAUAUUUGGAAGAUCAAGCACGUUUCAUUGAUCAAUAUGAUGAUAAUAUUAGUUCAAAUGAAGACGAAGAAAAUCCAUCAGAACAAAACCAUAAAUUAUCAAACAAUAAGUUGAAUCAAAAUGAACAAAAAUCUCCAACUUUAAAUGUUAAAUUUGCUAACUCUGUCACACCUCUGACGAAACAGAAUGACAAUGUCAAUCACAAUGGGAAUAUUCACAAUAAUAAUGAUAUUGAAAGCAAUUAUAAUAAUGAAGGAGAAGAAAGGGAAGAAAAUAACAUUAUUAUUGAUUCUAUUAAUGUUAAUAAUAAUGAAAUUAAAACAAAUAAUAAUCGACGGAAUAAAAUGAAUCUACAACUUAGUAGAAUAAACGUUUCCAAUGAUAAUAAUAGUCCUGGUAAUAAUGAAUUCAAUCAUACCAUUGAUGGUGAAAAUAAUCAUAGUAAUACAAUUAAUAAUAAUAAUAAUAGUAACAAUACUGAUAUUAAUGAUUUACAGAUUAUGAAAGCAGAUGAUGUUUAUUUUACUCUAAACAAAGUUAAACCGUGUAACAGUUUUAAUCAUCAUACCUUUGGCAUAAAGGAUAGUAGUGAUGUUAUUCAAAGUGAAUAUAACUCGACAAGGAGACCAAAUGACAAAAAUAAUUGUUUGGCAAUAAAAGCGAAAAAAUUGAACACAUUUAAAUCGAAGAAAAAGCAAAUGACAUCAUGUUGCGGUGAACGGUCAAGCAGUCCGGCACAACCUGGGUCAUUUUAUUCAUUAGCAAUUCUUUUCGGUGAUAAACCAAGAGUAUCUAGACGUGAAUGUUAUUUUUCACGAGACACAGAAGGCGUUAAUUUGUAUUUGCGUUUAGGAGCUGUGGGUUUUGGCUUCGGAGUAAUGAUAUUCGAUGGCUUUAAAAUAGCAGAACCAUGGGAGGAAGGAGCUAAUUCAGUGGUUUCUUGUCAUGGGCAUUUAUGGAUUCCGUUACAUUUACUUCAUUUUGUCUACGUGUUUUGGCAAACAUACUUCUUAUUCAAACAUCAUCGGGUUGUAUUCAAUGUACAAAAAUUUGUUUUACGUUUUCUUUUAUGUCAUUUGGCUGUGGCUAAUUUAUGUCAAUGGUUAAAAACAAUUGUCGAUGAAAUUGGUAGUGAACCAGGACAUGAUGAAGAGUUGAUAUCUGAUUCGACUAUAGUUUUUCCAUCGGAAUAUUUUUUAGAUGCAAAAACAAGACAUAAUAAUACAAAUUUGUAUGAAUAUACAAAUGGAGAAAAGUCAUCAAGUUUUAACUUGACUAAUUUAGCAAAUAUGGUUUUAUUAAAUAGAAAAAAACAUAAUGCUAAUGCAAAAUUUCACCAUACAAGUUAUGAUAAUUCAACUAUUCAUGCAGCUGAACAAGCAGUGUUAGGUUGUGGAAUAACAGUCAAAUAUUUGGCUCCAUAUUUGUUUCCAUGUGCAAUUGAAUAUAGCUUAAUAGCUGGUGCAAUAUUUUAUAAAAUGUUUGAAAAAGUUGGACAUGUACGUAAAGAAUCGGAACGCUUAGAAAAAUUGCGUAAAGCUAAUCCAAAAACAAGUCAAUUCUCUGAAUGUCAUCGUUCACAUAAAGGUUUAUUUGUUGGCCUAUUAAUAUUUAUGGCGACAUUAGUUGCAAUGAGUUUAUUUUUUAUAUUUAUUGUGAAACGUGAUCGACGGAAUACAGCUAUAACAUUAUAUCAAGGAACUGAACUAGUUCUAUUAUCUGUUAGUACAGUGACAUGUUUAAUUAGUUUGUUUCGUUUACAAGCAUUGAAAUUAAGCGAUCUUUCAGAAGAAGUAGCGUUUGAUGAUAAUUUAUUAUUGAUUGGUUUGGUUGGAAUGUUAUUCUAUGAUUUAUUCCUACUAGUGCCCGCUUUAGAAGCUAUACCGAAUGGUGUAAUUGCAGCCAAAUUAUAUGCAGCUAAGGCUAUCAUGGAAAUGAUUCAGUCUAUGCUACAAGUAUUUUUCAUUUUGGAAGCAUCUCGAAGAUGCGCUGGAACAUUAGAACAUGUACAAAAAAAACCAGGACGUACAAUGAUUACAUUUUUAUUAGUAUUAAAUUUAGCUAUGUGGUUUGUGAAUACAUUUGAAGUGAAACACGCAGAUAAUCAUAGUAUACAUAUAAAUUAUUAUUCAUCUAUGGCAUGGAAAAUUAUCACACAUAUAGCAUUACCUUUAAUUGUAUUUUUUCGUUUUCAUUCCACAGUUUGUUUAUCUGACAUUUGGGCAAAUGCUUAUCGUUUUAGAACAGAGUAAAUGAAAUUGUGUUAUAUCUGUUUUUCUUUUUCUUCUUCUUUUCAUUAGUUAUUCGAAUUUUCUUCUAUCAAACAGUUUUUUAUUUUCAAUGUGAUACACUGUCGGAUAGAGAACUUACUUUUAUUGAUAUAAAUGAAUCAGGAUAUUACUGAAUAUAUAUAUAAUGAGCUUUUAUCGAUAGGAAAUGUGACAUGUAGUCUUAUGUAAAAACUAUUCUUUAUGUUAAACAGAUGCAAUGAUAUUCAGUAAAAUUAUGUUCUUUCUUUUUAAUAUCAUGUUUCAAAUUAUUUUCUUUAUUGUUCUAUAUAUUCUAUGUGCCACUGAAAGCUACAUUCAUGUUGAUGUUGUGUAUAUGAAAUCUUUUAAUAUAUUUAUAUAUAUUUUGUAUACUUUUUACUGUUAUUACUUAAACUUGUCUUCAGUUGAUUAUUUACUAAUAUAGUACACCACAUUCAUGGUUAUAUAGAUAAUAUGUCAUUUAUGAAUUAGUUCAAUCAUUCAAUGUCUAAUGAUGACAUAGAGAUCAUGAAAGACAUAUGGCCAUCAUGUAGAAUUGAAUUAUUCAAAGAAUCCCACUAGUUUGUUUUUUAAUUUUGAAGAUAAGUGUAUAUAUUUAUAUAACAUAAUUUAAAGAUAAUAGUUCUGAACUGAUUUUGAUUAGCAACAUAAAAAGAACAAAGAAUACCAGAUUCUGAC